AUGGGCGCCUACAAGAGCGACGUGCUGCGCUACCUCCUCCGCAUUCGGUCCUGGGAGUACCGGCAGUGGCCGUCCAUCGUGCGGCUGACGCGACCCUCGAGGACAAAGAAGGCGCACAAGCUGGGCUACAAGGCCAAGCAGGGCUUCGUCGUGUACAGGGUGCGCGUGAGGCGCGGUAAUAGGAAGAAGAAGGCGCCUAAGGGCAUCACAUCCAUCAAGCCAAAGAAGAAUCAUCAGUCCCUGGCUGAGGAGAGGGUUGGGCGCAAGUGUGGUGCACUAAGGGUGCUCAACAGCUAUUGGAUCAACGAGGACAGUACCUACAAGUACUGUGAGGUCAUCCUUGUGGAACCCUUCCAUCAAGCGAUCAGAAACGAUCCCCGCAUCGACUGGAUUUGCCGACCUGUCCACAAGCACCGCGAGAUGCAUGGUCUGACAUCCUCAGGCAGGAAAUACCGAGGCCUGGUGGGCAAGGGCCAUAGGCACACACACUGCCGUCCGUCAAGGAGGGCUGGCUGGAAACGCAGAAACACUCUGAGCCUCAGGAGGUACCGAUAG